AUGAGUAACCCCGUUAUUGUAGAAAGUGGUCUGCAAAAAGUAAAUUCACUUAAGCUUAAAGAUGUUGAUAAACUUCUCACCAAGCACUUUGGAUAUACUUGAAAUAAUCCACAAAAUAAUAACAAUUUCAAUAGACAAAUCCGAAAUCCCCAACCUGAAAGAUAUCAUGCUACCCCAAUGACCAAGGUACAGACUAUCGCCACAAGAAAUGAACCCAUGGAUUUGGAUACGUCCACUAUUAGACGUACGCAUCAAUUUAAUAUUAAUGCAAACUCAGAUGAAAAUUUCGAAUACACACCUGAAUAUUUUGAAGUUAAUGACAAUGACUAUCCCCAAGAAUUAAUUGAAGAAACUUCUCAGGAUUUUCUCGAGGACCCAACAGACAAAAAUCCUCCAUUAAUAUCGAUCUAA